AUGCGAUACCGCGCAAGUCAGUUUUCUCCGCCAUUCGACCCUUACUCUUACUCGCGCGGACGUUGGUUAGAUCGAGACGAACAACGGCAGAAGGCCAGAAGACUUGAUUUUAAUUUCGAGGCUUUACUCAAUGUGGCAGUAAAGUGCAGUAAUGGUGCUCGCGAGGUUGUGGCUUGUGAGAAAAGAGAAGGCGGGUUCAACCGUGUGUUUAUCAUCAAAUUGGACAACGGAGCAAAGGUCGUUGCAAAGGUACCUAUGCAAUUCGCCGGUCCCGCUGCUUUGACGACCAUGUCAGAAGUAGCGACCCUGAGAUAUGUGAAAGACAAGACAUAUGUGCCUGUCCCUCGGGUUCUCGCUUGGAGCUCGAAGUCUGGGAGUGGAUCAGUGGGGAUCGAAUAUGUCAUCAUGGAUGUCUGGCGUCGCUCUGAAAGAUAUCUGGGGCAGAAUGACCGAGCUUCAGCAUCUUGA